CAUCUAAACGACGGCGCCAACUUUAGUUGCACGUGCCUUACAUUAUGCGAAAAUUAUGUUAUCGUUUUAUUGCGUAAUAUGAAACUGUUUAUGAGUGCUUAAUGCCCGUAUUAUGCUAAUUUGUGAACAUAGAAAACAUAAAAACAUCUGACCAAAGAUGUCUUGUAAUUUUGUACCUUUUAUUUACCAUUUUGAUAAACGUCAUAUAAUCUUUGCACGACAAACAACCGUGUUCUUAUUAGUAUGAUUAAAAAACAAAUUGAUACCUAGUUCUAAGUCCAAUGUUUUUUAUUCUAAAAUAAAACCAUUAUUGACUACUUUUAAAUUUGAGUAAAAUGAUUGCCAUUGAAAGUGAAACCCAUACAAGUAAUGAUGAUGUUUCACAAAAUAAUUUCCAGAAACGUCAAGAUGAACUAGUUAUGAUGUCCUCGAUAUCUACUUUACCAAAGAAUAUUUAUCCUGUUGCUUCAAGUGUUUACGUAUUAAUAGAUGAUGAAAAGCUAAUGAGUACUGAUAUGCGUGUUAUGUGGUACUUAAAACGAUUAGGAUCUGUGUUGCAAGUAGAUAAUGAAGAAAUGAACCAUGAAUUAUCAUCUGAGUUAUGUAAAAUUGUAUCAUUUGUACCAAGAGAGUUAAGUCAGGAUACCAAUAAUGUAGUUAUCAAUAAUAUGAAAUAUAAUAGUAGUUUUAUGUGUAACAAUGAAAAUAAUUUUUUUACUAUGGAUUCAUUGACUCGUAUAUAUUUCUUGACAUCAGUAUAUACAAUGGUCUAUUGUCUAGAUAUGAGUCCUUCUAAUUGUUCAGUGGACAUUCAAAGAGGUCAUGUAAUGCUUGAUGAAAUGAUUGUAGCUUUAAAGCGUAGUAUUCAAGGUUUCAUUAGACCUUUUAUUAUACCAGGAUCUCACAAGGUACUGUUUGAACCACAAGUUUAUGUUACUGUUAUAGUUCAUACUCCAUUUUACACAUCACUUGCUCAACAGGUGUUAGUUCAAGGAUGGCGUGUUAAUAAUCAUAAUUUUAAUGAAUUUAUUAAAAUGAUCUCAUGUGAAAUGACCCGUUUAGAAAAUGCUGUAGCGCAUUCAUUUACUCAUUCAUUAAAAAAUGAUUCUGAUACUAUGUCAUCAUCAUCAGAUGAUGAAUGUGAUGAUGCUAAUGAAUUAUGGCAUAUUGAUCAAAAUAGUAAAUCCAACCACAUCUCUCAUACUGGUGUAAGUUCCAUUAGUACUAACAAUAGAUGUCGUCGAUACAACUUAUUAGCUAAUAAUUCAAAUAAUAUGCAAGUAACUAUUACCAACAAUAAUCCUGAUUCAGGCUUUAUUAAUACUUUAAGAUAUGGUAUGCUGGCUGUCAGAUUAUUACCUCGAUCAAGUAUAUCAAAUUUAAUAGUUAUAACUGAUGGCAUGAUUACUUUGGCAGAUAUACAAGUUAUAGACUCAGUACUCAAUCAGUUAAGAUGUAUUAGUGUAGCAUGUUCAUUUAUGCAUGUUUCUAGUCAAUUUCAUCCACAUUCAUGUCAUGGACAUGUUCCAUACUCAGAGUUAAUGCAAUUAAUUGCUACUGCUACUAUGGGAACAUAUUUAAAUACAUUUCCUGAUACAAAAGAUGAUUGUAAUGUGAAUUACUAUCAUGAAAAAUUCAUCAUGUGGACAUUUCGUAAAGGAAAUGAAAUAUUAUCUCCUAAUUCAUUAUCAAACAAUACAUCCAAUCUUAGUUGUACUCCGCCACGUGUUCGCCAAGGAGAAUGGACUGUUAAAAACACAAAUUUUUAUGGUAAUAGACAAACUCAAUUAGUGUCUAAAAGGCAAAUUAAUGACCACAUGCAAGCACACUUAGAUAAUAUUGUAUGUUGUCGUAUGCGUGAAGGAUUCAUCGUAGAGGAUAUACAAUUUAAAGACUCUGGAAGCUCUACUGUAAAUUCUAAACUUCAGUUAAAAUUUGUGUUACCAUGGACUAAUCAUAUUUAUAUUGAAUAUGAUUUAACUGUAAAAUGGCCACCUCCUAAUUGUUCAUUAGUUUUACCUAUUAUAUCACAAGGAAUUCCAGUUGUACAAUCACCCCCUGCUUCAGGAAUCCAAUCAUCUCAAGUGUCUACGACUGUACAAUCAGAUAGUUGUCUAAAUAUUCAUUACACAAUCAUUGUUAAAGGUCCCUAUGAAUUUUUACGUGAUAUAACAUGUGGAAGAAAUAAAAAAUUACACAAUCAAAAUCUUUCACAAUCAUUUCAACAAUGUCAAUAUCAACUUUCAUCAUAUAAAUCUUCCACUAAUUUCCCUUCUACCUCAACAACUAUUACAAGUACCAUUUUACAAUCGGAUGGAGGUGUUGUAUCCCCCCGUGGAAUUGUUUUGAAUAGUGCUGUUUCUUCAAAAUAUAGACAAGCACUUAUAACUCGUUUUUGGUCAACAAUGAGAUCUAUUGCUCAAACCGAUUUGCUUAUUAAGCAUCUUGAAACAUAUUCACCUAGUACUGGUCAUUUGGUUGAUUUUAAUAGUUGUAACCAAUCAAGACCAUAUGAUCAAUCAUUUGAAAAUCAACUAAAUCAAAAGGACUGCAGCUUAAGUCCUAGCAGUCCAAAUAGUUCCAGUAAAAUAGAUAGUAGUAAAAUAUUAAUGAAUGCUGCAGUGUCAGGGUCAUCUGUCACAAAUUUUUCCUCUACAGUAAUUCCAAAUCGUAGUCCAUUAAGAAGUGGUAUGCCUUUAUUUUACCAUUUACCUUCAUCAUCUUCUACAUCUGCUUUAAAACAACAACUUCAAGUAAAAUUAAAUGAUCAACAACAAAAUUUUACUGAUCUUCAGCAUCAACAGUAUGCUGAUUUUUGGAGACCCGUAUGCACAUUAGAUCCAGAUGUACAAUGGCCUAGAUGGUUCUCUACUUAUAGAAUUGGCGGAGGUGUUCUAUUACUUAGACACGAUCGUCCAUUACCACGAUGGUUACAUAUUGCUAACUCUGCUAAUGGUAGGUAUCAAACUCUUACUUGUCGGAAAGCUGCUGAAUCUUUGUUUGCCAUGCUUAAGCAAUGGUGUACGUUUGUUCUGAUUGAUGACCACUCAUAUGUAAAGUGCUUAAAUAAAAAUGAAACUUUUACUGGCAGUGUAUCAUUUUGUAUAGCUAGAGUAACUUUAAGACCACCAUGCUGUUGUUGUAUUGUUUUACAUUUAGCGUUUCAAAGCUGUGUACCAGCAAUUGUUCACCACAAGAUUGUAGAUGAUCUCAAAAAACGUGUUCUACUGUUAGAUUCAACAAUGACCCAAUCAGACUCAACUAUAACAACAUCAUCAACUUUACAUAAAAAAUCUUCUAAUAAUAGUGAACAUUUACUUCAUGUUAGAAGAAAAAGUGGGAUUGAAAAAUUAGUCCUAAAAAAAAACAAAAGACCAAAAAAAUACAUUAAGAUGUUGGAGAAGCCAUUAGAAAAAAUUCUUAUCAGGUACGAACGAAUGCCCUCACAGUUUACUACAGUUAUAUUUCCUGAUGGUAGUCAACCUAACACUGCAGUUUCAACUACUCCAAUGCCCACAAAUUUUAACUUUUCAAAUACCUCAAGCAAUAAUGGAAGACAACAGAUAAGUCAUCAAAAUGUAUCUAAUGGAGUUGAAUGUUUAAGAACUUCUUCAACAACAACUACAACUCUGUCACGCUAUUUAUACCAUAGACGAUGGAUAUGGAGUAGUGGUCAAAGUUUAUAUAAUAAGAGUAUAACUCAACAACAACUGCAACAACAGCUAGCACGUACUCUAUCCUUACUAACAAAGAUUCGUUUAAGAGAAGGAUUUAGAUUUGCUCAUUCGUCUGCGGGUGUCAUUAAUAUGGUAUUACAAGUUCAUAUGUCAGAUUCAUCUUUAAGCAAGUGUAUAUCAACUGGGAAUAACAAAAGUACUAGUCAUUGUGUUAUACAGUAUGUCUUAUUUCCUCCACAUAUUAUUUCCAAGUUACAACCUCUUGAUAAUGAUGAUGUUAAUGAAAAUACAAAAACAAAAGUAAAUGAUGAUAACAGAUCAUUACUAUAUUCAUCAGACGAAGAAGAAAAGUAUAAAAAACAAGAAAUAGCCAAUAAUAUAGAAUCAAUUAGUGGGGCUAUAUCAUUUGUUGAAGAUGAUUAUCAGUUAAUUACUGAAUGUUGGAUUGAACCACAACAUGGAUCAGUAAUUGUUAAUGGAGAAAAAAAUAACAAAUACAUGUCAGGGUUAUCGUAUGAACAACUACCAGAUGCAAUGUGGUUAGUUGAUGCAGAUUGUAUUGGAUCCCUUUACACUUUUCAACAUAUGCAACAAAUGUGUUUGGAUCCAAAUGUUUCAACUUAUAAUUUUGUUAAUAAUUUGAGUAGAACACAAGAAAAAAAAAAAAAAAUUAGUAUUGAUGACAGAAUAUACAAGUUACCUUUUGAGUUUAGCUUAGUUAAUUUAUUGACUAAAUGUCAUUGUCAUUCUUCUAUAACAUUUAAUCUUUUUUCAACACAUUCAACUAUUGAUGGGAAUAAACUCAAUACAAUGUUAGAAUGUGCUUUUUAUGCUGAGCUAUGUACUAUAAAUGAUAGAUCAUUUGAUGUAAAUGAUACUAACAAAUUAGAUAGUGAUAAUUUAGAAACAGUAAAAAUUAAAAGAUAUGAUAAUGGACAGUGUUAUGUCAAACGUGUGAAUAGUACUCGCUUAAUAUUAACAGUUACUCCACUACUUGGAAGAAAUAAUGAAACUAAAUUUGAAUUUCCUGAACAAUUAGAUAAAGAACCAACUUGUCGUCUUAGGGCUAAUACAUGGCAUUGUAACAGAAAUGGUAUAAAAUCCUGUCCACAAUCACUUGAUAAUGCCAUGCAAGACUCAACAACUGUGCAUUACAAUAGAGCCAUGUCAGUUGGAUCUAAACCAAAAAAUCACAAUAAAGAUAUGUCUUGGGCUCAGUUUAGAAUAGAGCGAAAUUUUUGUCCAACAACAGUUAAGGGUAUUCAUGAUCCUGAUACUAUUGAUGAUACAUCAGAAGAUACACUUCUUAGCUGUUCACCGAUAUUAAAUGUUAUGGUUUAUGACUGUCAGAGAAUUUUUAUUGAACAUGCUUUAGUAUCUAAAAAUGUUCUUAAACAUGAAACACCUGUACCUGAAUUUAAUAAUUCAGAUGAAUGUUAUUUUAGCAGUUCAACUAUUAGCAGUGAUGAAGAGGAGGAAUCCUUUUUAAAUAAUGAAAUAUCAGAUAAUCAUGAAGAUGGAACUAUUCUUGACAAAUAUUUACUUAAAGUUCAACAAGCAUAUGAUAGAUGUUUGGUUACUACUGUUUUUCGAGCUUUACAUUUAGGAUUAGAUGUACGCUAUUUGGAUGUUCAAUGUGCUGUAGAUCGAUGCCAACAUCAAUUAAUCACGUUUGAUAUAACUGAUUAUAUUAGGGUAGUAUGUGGCCAUUUCAAAAAUAAUUGUAGUUUUAAUAGUUGUCCAGAAGAAAAUAAGACAUUGAAGUUGCAUCAUGAUAUGAUACGUUCAAAAUUUGAUGCUACUUUACAUAGACAUAGAUUACAAUCUGUACCUAGUCAUCCAGACUACUACUAUUAUUGUUGUUCUGUAAAAAACAAAUGCAGUGAAAAUAAUUUUAUCAAUGAUACUCAGUCAUCAUCUAGUGAAAGUAUUUCAAAUAUAAGGUCAGAAAAUACUUUAACAGAAUCAUUAAAUGAACAGUGUUUACAUGAAGAAGAGUCAGAAGAACAAGAAUUAACCCCCCUUUUUGUUCACCUUGUCUGUUCAGUUAAAACUAGUACUAUGAGUAAAAGUAGUUCUGUACGUUCCUUACCAACUUGUAUAUUUGAACUAUUAGAAAAAGACAAAUGUGAUGAGAUUUCAAACAUUCCAGAUGUAAAUUUGACAGAUGUACGGGUGUCAUUAGAUAUAUACUGUCUAAUUUUAGCAAAUACUGAUGUGGACAUUGAUAAUGUUAUUAAUGAUAAGAAUAAUGACAUAAUUAAUAAAACUAGUUGUAUAGAACCAGCCCAAAUAAUGUCCCAUAGUACUUUCCAAAAACCUAAUGAUACAUGUGAUGAUUCACUGUUAUCAUCAUUACCUAUUCGAUAUGCACGAGGUUUAGCUGCUUUUAUCAAAGAGGUGGAGUGGUGUAUGCAAGAUGAAAUGGCAGCUGGUUUACUUGAAGAUACUACAAUUACACCUGGUACAUUAGAUAAAGUUAUCCAGCAUGUUUCUAAUUCAUCAAUGUCUUCAUCAAAUGGUAGUCAAAAAAUACCAGUAAAUUUUGUAGAACCACCAUUAGGAUCUUCUUAUUUUAGUAGCAUGCUUUUAUUUAUCCAGCAACUUGAUCAAAUGGAUAUUAAACUGGAUCAAGAAAAUGGUGGUGGAUUUUAUGAGCUUGCAAAAUCAACUGAUGACACAUUUUAUGUAGUUAAAAAAAAAACUACAGAUGUAAGUGUUAUGGCAAACAAUACAAAUUUCUAUGAAAAAAAAAAAGAAGUUGAAAUAAAUAGUGAUUCUGAAAAUUGUUUGAUUGAGGCUGAACAGUCUAGACCAUCAUUACCAAACUUUUGGAUCAUAUUAAAAAUUCAAUCAGAUACGUUAGAUGAAAACAAUUCAUUAGAUGUUCUUUUAUAUUUUCAUUGCAGAUUUACUGAACUCGAUGUUCGUGGAAGGUAUGCAGCUGUAAGAGAAGUCGUUAGGCAACAUAUAUGUCAUGCAGCUACUAUUGUUAAUCAAACACUUUUGCUUUGCCGUUUACAUGAUACUAGAAUGUGUGAUCCGUUGUUAGAGCCUAUUACUGAAAAUCAUAUACAAUCUGAUGAUGAUGAUACUAUCAAUGGUGACAAUGAAAAAAAAACUAGUAAUUUUACUUUUGGACAGUUCAGGUGCCCUAUUAUUUGGACUGCAAAAUUCAUAUUACAUCCUAGACUUCAACAAUCGUCUUCAAUGCUUUUACUCGGAGUUCAAGUCUUACACUCUGUAUUAGAUAAACUUUCUGUAAAGAAUCGACGUAAUAUGUUUGUUUAUAGAGAAGAAUCAUCAGGAUCAGUAUUUUAUUUAAGACUUUAUGAAAACACAAAUCAACAACAUCAAAGAAAUAUGUUAGAUGUAGUGCAGUCUGACACAGAUGAUGAUGAUGACAUAUCAAGAUGCUCAUCAGCAACUUCUACUACUGCUACAAUAGCAUCUUCAAUAAAUCAUGCUUACCACCCACAUCAUUCAGCACGGAAGCCAUCUGAUGAGUUUUAUUAUUCUAUCCAAACACCAGGGACUCGGUCCCUUGGUGGUUAUUGGGGUGAGGCAGAUUCAAAAGAAAUUGAAGAUUUAACACUUAAAGUUUAUGGUAUAUCUCCAGUGGGUACUGAAAUACGUGUUGAUUUGGUGGAAGUUUUACAAAAUCGAUUAAAUGAUGCAGUUCUCGAAGUAUUAACAACAAUGCUAUACCGAAAUCCUGUUUGUCGAUUAUAUCCAGAUGAUGUACGUUUUGUUCAACCCAUUGAUAGUAUCGCAGAUUGUAUUAUAAAAUUUUCUCUGCCUUCUGUGACAAAAAUUAAGGAACCAUUUGUUACUAAUUUACAACGCAAUGCAGUAGCAUUAUUAUUAUACCCACCAAAGUACGCCAGUCGUCAUCAUAGAUUUGUUGUAAAUCAUGCUAAUUAUCUUGAGAAGCCUAUUGUUCGUUCAUUUUUUAUUUAUAAUCAACAAAGUAGUACUGGAAUUGGAGGCAUACGUACUAGUGGAAAUCGUGGCUUAGCUUGUGUUUUAUUUGAAUUUUAUUAUAACAAUUAUAAUAACUAUGUAGAUUUAUCUAACUUUCCAACUGACUCAAAUUUUUUUGAAGAUUAUGUAAAACCCUUAUUAGUUGAAGAUGAAUCAUCUAAUAAAAUCACUAUAGAUAUGAACUCUUGUGCUAAAAUACAUAUAUGGCGUCGAGGCAGGAUUAAUAUGGAAGCCCUACUAGCAAAGUUAUCUUUAGUUAUUAAAUAUACUCUAUGGGAUAUAAAUGUUGAACAAUUUCUAAAAAAUCAACCAGUUGUAAUAAAAUCUGAUCAACUUAAGAAUUAUAUAAACCCAUUAUAUAUUAAACACUUGGCUAAAUGGAUAGCUUUUGGAGCACAAAUAUCAGCACCCUUAGCAUGUCAUUCUCAAGUCCAGUACAAAAUAUCUAUCAAUCAUGUACUCAGAGAAUUUAAAACACAUAUAUCUUGGUCUGGAGUAAAAUUGUCUAAUAAUUCUGUUUUGUCUGUACGCUACUUUUAUAUACCACGCUCUAAAUAUGGUAUUUUUAAAUCACAUUACACAAGCAGUAAUCUAAUUUGUGGCAUUAUGGACCCAUUGCAAUUAGAUACAAAUAACUCAGACAAGUUUUCAUGGGGUGAUCUUUUAUUUCAUGAAUGGGAAUCAACAGAAACUCAUGGUAUGGUUACUCCACCAUCUGCAACAUGUGUAAUUGUACUUAUUAUGGUUAUUACACAAGCCAAAUCCAAUAAAAAACGCAAAAGACAGCAAAAUAUAACAAAAAUUAUCAAUUCUGAUACCAAUGAAGGAUUAUUUGUUGCUGAAGAUGAUGCUACAGAUAGUGAAAAAGAAGAAGACACAAAAAUAUUAACAAAUUUGAAACAAUUAGCAAUUGAACAUAAAUGUGUUAUUCAAGAUGAAGAUAUUAAUAACAGUGUUUUUAAUGACGACAAAAAAAAUCACAAGCCUAGUAACAAUUCAAUUAAUUCAAAAAUAAGUAAAUUUAUUAUGUUAACUGCAUCAGGCUGUGCAAUACACACAUUAUCAUACAAUUGGAAUAAAAAUGAUGAUCAAUCUUCAGCUAUUCAACGUUUAUGUAAUUGGUUGGAAUGGCGGCGUACAGCAUUCACUUCAUCUAUUUUACAUAAAAUGGGAUUAAUAAACAAUAGAGUCUAUGGAAGUAAAAUUAACGAUCAUAGUGUGGGAAGCAAGAAUAGUUUAGACCUAUUGUUAGAUUAUAAAAGUUAUACAACUGCAAUAGGUGAUUGUGAAUCACAAAAUGAUAAAUUUAUUAAUGAUAAAAUAUGCAAAACAAGUGGGCGUAUCAAACAUAAUGAAAAUGAAUUUGAUGAUAAAAAAAAUAAGCCUUUGCAUUAUGAGAAAGAUGUUCAAGAUAUUUAUAUUGAACAAUUAGUAAAAACUUAUAAGCAACAACGUCGAUUCAAUCUUCAACAAAAAUAUUUAUACGAGUUGUGGACUCAAAAUGAUGUUGUAAUAUCAAAAGAAACAUUAUGGACAUUUUAUCGUCAUAGUAGAUUACUUCAUUAUUGUUUGACUCCAUUGUUAUUUUUACCUCGAUGGCGACUUGAAUCUGCUGCUACCAGAGAUCACUCUUUAGAGGCUGGUAAGUCUAAAAUUUCCAAUUCCCAACCAGCAUGGCAUAAAAAGUUAUGCUCACGUUUUAACCAAGCUUAUGCAGAAUAUAUAGAAACACAUUCUACUGUAAUUGGUUUUCGAUUAAUUCAAGUUGGCAAACAGCAUAUUUCUAUUGAUAGCUCUAAAAGUGAAUUAGAUACAUUAAUAACAUCAACUUGUUAUCUUAAAAAAUCUGUUCCUGGAAUUAAUGGUGGAUUAUUAUUAAUCGAGACUGGUGUAAAUCAACCAUUUUAUUAUUUUAAGCUUAGUUGUGUUGAAAGAGCUAGACUUACAAAUAAUAGUAAUGAAAAUGAUUUUGACGAUCUUCAACAGUAUUCCCUCCUUGAUCAUUCUGAUCAAAUUAUGCAAAAUAUGCAUUUGCAUUCAUUUACUUAUGAUUUUCAUGUGCGUGUUCUGUCAGAUAGACUCAAUAAAUUAAUAAAAAAUAAAUUUAAUGAGUACAAUAAUUACUAUAAAAUUGAAAAACAACUUGUACAAAAUAAAAAUUGUAUUCAAAAAGUAUCAAAAACUAUUAAUGAUUGUAAAAUAAAUGCCAUAGCUGGGUUCUUGAAUGAUUUUUUAAAAUAUUAUAAGCAACCACCAUUAUAUUCACGUUGUUUAGUUCAUUCAAGUAUCAUCGAACGCACUCAUAUGCCUGUUACUGGUCGACAAUUAUAUGAGUAUCUUUUAUCAAAUAGUAAUUCUCAAGACGACUCUGAUGGAAUAUCUAUAAUUAAAAUUUCUGGUUACAUCAUAGGAGAUGAAGGUAAUGGCAAAUCUCUAUUUGAUGAUAGUGAAGAUCUAGAUAAUAAUUUUGAUCAAUAUUUUUCAUCCAACUCAGAUUUAUCUGAUUAUGUGUUAGUUCAUCAAAUGACAAAUAGUGAUAAUUUAAACAAAAAAUGCUGUUCAAAAUUUAAUUCAAAUUCAAAUGAAUCAGACUCAGAAAAUAAUGAAACUAAAUUGGAUUGUGAAUAUGAAGAUUGUAGUUCGUACGAUGCUACUCUUGUAAUGUCCUUAUCAUCAAAGCAAUCUUUAAUAUCUGAUACUAGGAAUGAAAUUAUUAUUGCUUAUUAUAUUUUGCUAACUGUAAAGCAAAAUAUCAAUGUAGUAGAUGAAAAAAAAGAAGUUUCAUCAGGUUUAAUUAAUCAUACAAGUCAAAGUCAUAGUACAUCUAUAUACCCAAAUCAUAAAUCAUGUGACCAAAGUAGAAAUGUUCCAAUAUCAGCAAGUGUACCAUGUGGUAGUUAUGGUUAUAUGAUGAAUACUGGUUCAACAACUUGUUGGGGAAGUUUAGAUAAUUGUAAUUCUAAUAACAAUUGGUGUCCUACACCUCCAAAUACACAUCAAACAAUGAAUUUCCAAAAUACAAAUAACGAACUCUACAGUCAUCGUAAAUUUUUAAAAUUAAAAAAUCAUUUAGUGAAAUGUUAUGGACAAAGAGCUUCUAAGUUGGUUGCACAUGCUGUAGACAAAGCCGCUGGUCAUUGUCGUAUACAUAUGCUUUGGCGAACUUUCAGUAUGCAAGCUGAUCUUCAGAAACCCUGUUCAACAUUUUUGUCAUUUGAAGAAUUAGAGGAAUUAGUUAUGAAAGCUGGACAUAUUGAACCACUAGCAUUGUAUGACCCAAGAAUAGAACCAAUAUUAGAACAAUUAUUAACUGGACCGCAGUGGUUUAAUUCAUUACAAAAACUCCUUGUAUCUAUGUCAUCUCCUGCUAGAUUAACUAUUAAGUGUCGUCUUUAUAGUAGUAAUAACAGUGAUCACCAAUAUCUAGUAGUUUUACCAGCUAAAUCAAAUAAUAGUGAAGUGGAUGUAUUUAUACUAAUAAAUAAUGGAAAUAUAAAUAAAAUGGCACAUUCUAUUAGUAUUGUAUAUCGAAAAAUAGCUCAUAGCUCUGAAGAUCUUGAAAUAAUAGUUGAAGCAAUUGGACGAUCUAUAUGCUACCUCGUUUGGCGUGCAGCAACUAAUUCAACAGUUAAUAUAACUACGUCUAAUUCAUUGUAGUAUAUAAAGCCUAUUUUUAUAUAAACUUUUACAAUAAUUUAAACUAAAAACAAUUUUUUUUUUUGUAAAAUUAAUAUUUAAUUUAACUAUAUUUGAAAACAUUUAAUUAUUAAUAAACAUUGUGUGCCAUUAAAAAAAUAUGUAUUUAUUUUUAUAAACAUUUAUUAUCUAGUCGUUUAUAAUAUUUUAGUACAAUGACUGUGGGUUAUUAUUAAUGAAAUGUAAUAAUUCCU